ACGAGGGGAGUAUUAUUUUUGCAGAGGUUGGAGUGGAGUAGUACCGUAGUAGUAAUAAAGAAGUCUCCUUUCUCAUCUCUCCGUCGUCCGAUCUUCCCUCUAAGAUUUCUCCAAUCCCAUUCUCUCUCUCUCCCCUCUCUCUCUCUAGCGCGCCAAAUACAAAUCCACCGUUCCAACCGCCCCUACUCCCAGACCAAGGGUUUCUCUACUUGGUGAAAGGAUGGCGGACAGUCCAGGCGGCCACGGCGGAGCCGACGGCGGCGGGGACCAGAGCCCGCCGUCGAACGUGCGCGAGCACGAUCGCUUUCUUCCGAUUGCAAAUAUCGGCCGAAUCAUGAAGAAGGCGCUGCCCGCCAAUGGGAAGAUCGCCAAGGAUGCGAAGGACACCGUACAGGAAUGUGUUUCCGAGUUCAUCAGCUUCAUCACCAGCGAAGCAAGCGAUAAGUGUCAAAAGGAGAAAAGGAAGACCGUCAAUGGUGACGAUUUGUUGUGGGCAAUGGCAACUUUAGGUUUCGAGGAGUAUAUCGCCCCACUAAAGGUCUAUUUGGCUAGGUACAGAGAGGGUGACGCCAAGGGACCUGCCAGGGGUGCUGAUGGGUUGUCUGCAAAGAAAGAAAUGACUGGACCUCAACUCGGUUCUGAUGCGCAGUUUGCUCAUCAAGGUUCUUUUUCACAAGGUUUCAGCUACUCAAACUCUCAUAUUGAAUAUUAAUCGAGAACACAAUUUGGUUGGCUUUCUCAUGAAGCUAAGAGCAGGGAUGAAUUGUUCAUCUCAGGCUAUAGCGGUCAGUUCAAAUUGGUUGAUGUACGUGAAAUAUUUUAGGCGCUUGAUAAUGUCGGUGAAGCUUAUUUAUGUGAUUUCUAUUUGUAAAUCCUAAUGUUCUCUGUUAAAAUCACUAAAUUUUGGCUCAUUUGUUGCUUUGAGUAUCUGACACUGGUAGGGAGAGUGAGCCAGUAAAACAUACAGCACUGUUUGCAUAAGGAAUUAUUUAACUUAGUUUUUCCACCAAAAAUAUCGAUCCUCGGCUCCUUCUGUUCCCAUCCGAGUGGUUAACAUUUAUAGACCGUUUGAUUGUUAUUCUGCAUUUGGUAAUAUAUUAUCGUGUAUAAUAUUUGUUUAUUUUACAA